UUGAUGGCUAAGACAAAACAGGUAAGUAAAAAACAGGAAACCAAAAAGAAGCAACAUGAACAAAAUGUUCUAGUAGGACAGAAUACAGAAGUGGAGGCAGGGAGGUUCUCAUUCGUUGACAAGGACCUCCUAGAUUUUGCCCAUGAAGAAGUGAUGCGGCUGAAAAGGAAGUUUGACGAGCACAUUAAAGAAAUCACGGAACUCAGAGACACAUGUGUCGAAAGAGUUCUAAAAAAUUCGGCGGAAUCAGUCAGCGACGAAGAAGAUGAAACUUUGGACUGCACCCUAACUGAGUUAGAGCCAACAACACCUACUUCAGAAACAGAUGCCAGAAAAAACACCCAACCCUUGAAAUCCACGGCUUCUAAGGGAGAAGUAAGUACGGUGGAGUCACAAAAGAGUAAGAAGCCUCCGGUUCCACCGAUUGGAUCCCACGUGAAAGCAGGAGGUAGAAAGCGAGUUUCAGCUGAAGUUGAAGGGUCUCAACUAAACAUGCCUUUCUCUGCAGUAUCAUCUUCCAAGAAGAGCAAGAAGCCUCCGAAGGGUUCCACGCGUAAUAUCAAAAAGGUGCAAGGUAGUGCGGGAAAAGUGAGUAAGAAAAGUCCGAAGGCCACAAACAGAGGUGGGAGACCAACGAGGCAGGCGGCGUCAAACGCCAGCUUAAGAAUACGGAACUAUUCGAAAGGGCGGAAGGGAUCUACACUGAUGAAGGCAGAAACUUCUGUGAUCGAAAUUGACGAAGACACACUUGAUGUCUCUACGGAGGAAGCAGAAGUCAUUGUGACGGUGAAGAAAGCAAAACAAAAUACAUCUAACAGGCAAGGUAAGGGAACGCCAACUUCCAAAGAAGCAUCGUCGUCUGAACAGAAAACAGAAACUAUAAUAGUAGAAAAUGAUGAAGAUGGGGAGAAUGAAGAGAAGGAAAUUGAUGUAGAAGGUCAAGAGAAGAAAAAGAAGAGUAAGAGAGGAGGCGAUCAGUGUCUCAGAAGUGGGUCGGGGGCAAAGAGGGACAGGGCGUCGCUGAAGGACAGAUCAGACAGUUCAGGGGAUCGAGAAGCAAGUGCCAAGAAACAGCAAUUACACAAAAUAUCCAGCAAAAAGCAGCGGUCAGAAAUAGGGGAGGAUGUUGCUGCUGCUUCUGAGGAGGUUGUAUCAGAGACUAGACUGAAGACGCGCAACAUGAAGAGCAGAUCAGUCAGAAAUUCGAAUAGAGUCAAAUCAAAAUCAAAGACGUCCAAUGUUGCACAGCAAGAUGUGGACUCAAAUGAAGAAGCAAUGGAUGAAACGCCUGUGAUUACACUAGAGACAGUCAAGUCGAGCGGAACGACUACGAAAAGCAACAAACCGAAAAGAAAGAAGAGCAAAAAGUCAUCAUCCAUUCAUUCUCACACUGAUGAGAACAGCCACCCAGAAAGUUCACAGAAAGCCUCGAAUGAUAUGGGGCAAUGGGGUGACCGCUACCAACAGGUUUUGAAGCCUCUACUUACAAAACAAGAUAAAUUUUUCUCGAAAAUUAUAGUGAAAAGUGCCUCGGACUUGAAAACCGACAAAACAGAAACCCCUGAAGUCCAAAAACCGCAAGAAGAAAACGUAGAAUCACCAAUUGUUAGAUCACUGAGAUCUAAAACACCUUUGGUCGAAAGUAAUGCGACAUUUAAUGUCAACAAAACUGUGAAUCGUUUGACUGAAGAUGCAGAUGCUCAAAAGACUUUUGUCACGGGGAAGACAAAGCAUAGUCAAGUGACUUUCCGAGAACCAAGUCGCGAAUGUUUCGCUGAGCACGGAGACAUGAAGCGAUCGGGAAUCUUCAGACCUGUCUCAUCAAUGCACCAAUCCGACAUUACAAGUAAUGGUUUUAACGAGACUGGCGAAGUUAUCGGCGGAACAAUACUAAACUCGUUGUCGCGGGAUGACACACCGAAACGGAAGUUUCCUGUCUCGCCCUUCAUCCCGAACAUAAUGAAGAAAAAUAAUGUGUUGAAAGCUUGUAUCGAAGAAGAUGAAGAUGAAAGUGAAGAAAGCAAUUGCGAAAUUUAUUCGGCUAAAACUUCGUGUAAAGGGAACUACAGUCAAUUUUCAAGCCCGCUAGUGACAUCUUCGCAAACGAACUUAAUUGCGGCAAAUUUUCAAGCGAAGCCACCGCCGGUUGGAGGCUCAAAAAUUGUAACGUCUUUUCAUCAUAAACAGUUUGCAGACAAUCAUAACACGUCAAAUGCACACAACGCAACAAGAGUGAACUUCAUGAAUAAUUCCCGUUUCAUGCCUUCUCCACUGUCCAAGACGGUGGGCGGUGGUGUGAGCAAGGCAACUCCACUGAUGAAGAAGAUCAACCCAAUCACGUCUACUCUCACAGGGUCCGGCCUUAGUGGAUUCAAGUCAGUUCCUCGUAGUGGAGGAGGUCACAUAGUGUCCAAUGUGAAGUCCUUCUGGAACCCAGAUCUGAACAAGCAGAAGCUGGAACUGCACUCCAAAGGGCAGCAACAGGAGCUGAAGAAGGCUGCGUUAGAGGAGAAGGAGAGAAAGCAACAAGAGAGACUGAGGCAGCUAGAGGAGCGGAAGAAGCAGGAACAGCUGGAGAGGAAGCGACAGAACGAGGAGAGAGCUCUCAAGGCUAAAUUGAAUAUGGCAAACAUGAACCCGACGGCAGCGGCCAAGCCUCCUACGAAGGCAUCAAAGCCACCUGCUUCAUCCUCUUCUUCAAAUCAACUGACGGCAGCAGCAUCAAAUUUCAAGUCUACAGUAGCACUCAAGCUCAACAAUUUUGCUAGCAGUAGUAGCAGUUCGUCGUCCUCAUUGGCAUCUGUUGGUGCUGGUGUUGUUAAAGCGAAGGGACUGCCGCCUUCAGUCUUAUCGAGCAAGCCUAAGACACUUCCAGUGCCCAGAUUGAGGCACAUGUACUGCAAGUUGACAGAACUGGUACCUGACAAUGAUGAUGACGAAGAGAUGGAGACUGAUGAUGAAUCGAGACCCAAGCUCCCAGUGCCCAAAUGGGCGAAGAGGAAAAGUAUCUUCCUUCUGCAGAAAAACCGAAGACUAGUCAAGAAAAUCCGAAGACUGAAGUUUGCGUACCAGCAGGACGUUUACUUGCCCUCCCUGUUCAACGUGAACAAGCCCAGAUACAUGCAGAGGCGCAGUACGGCCAUUUGGGACCCAGUCGUGAACGCCAAGCCAAACGACUCAAUAUCCUUCAUUGUUGAUUGAAUGAGUGGAUUUAGAGUUAUUGCGUACAAAACAGAAUUAUCGGGUCCUAUACAUUAAAAUAUACAGUAAAAUUGGGCCAAUUCAAAUCUUAAGUAGUCUGAUAACUUAGCUUUUUGGUUGAAAGGUCGAAUAUAGCUUAACAAUUUGAAAAAUCGCACAUUUUCCCUAGAACUGCAGCUUGUCAAAAUUAUAUCUGGCCCGAUUAGCUUGUAAGAUGUGUCGGUACCGAGAAUAAAAGAGUGCUACUAAUUCAGAAUCGAUUAAAAGUUAGAUAAUUUCAAAAAGACUAUUCAGUUCAAAUUAUUCAGACCAAAUUUCAUCAUCUCGACUUUUGAGUCGACAAUUCACGCAACCAUUCAUGCUUAGAUGUUAAACUUCACUCACGAGGCUUUAAGUUUGUCAUCUUGUCGGUGCAAUAAUUUUUUAACCUUUACCAUGGGUAAUGAAAUUAGGAUUUGAGUCUUAUCUUGUUUGCUUUUUUGAGUUUUGCCGAAAAUAUUUUGUUUUACCUGAUGCAAAAUAAAUUGUCUCUGGUUUUUAGUGUCUUGAUUGUGAAAAAUUUUGAUAUGUGUCUUUGUUUUAUUCAGAUAAUACAACCAACUCAUGUUAUGUUUUUGAUUUAGUCAAUUUAAUUUCGUAUCCGU